UCUAAAUUUUUCAUUUAAUAUACCCAUUAGUAUUAUCUUUCUCAAUUAGUAAUUUUACUAAAAAAGUUUUAUUAUUACAUAUAAUUGAAUAGAUAACAAAUCUGAGUCUGGUAAUACUAUCUAUCUAUGGGAGGUGCUUAUUUGAGUAAUGUUAAUAUAACAUCUUUGUAAUAUAGCCAUGCAUUAAUAGGUUUAGAUUGAUAUAUAAACUGUCCAAAAGUAAUCAAUGUGUGGCAAUUGUAUAGACACUAUAAAUAUAGUUUCAUUUAGACAACCUCACUCAACAUUUCAAUACUCCUCAUAUUCAAAACAUAAUUCAAAGAAAAGAAACAUGAAGCUAUUCUUGAUCACCAUGGUGACCAUUUUGACCAUCUCAAGAGUAUUUGACAAAGCACCAGCCACCACCGAAGCAAGAAAGUCGAAGAAGAUGGACGGGCAUGAGCAUUUCAAUGACAAUUUGGAUCCUACUUUUCGUGGGCACACACUUGGUGUACUUGAAAAAGUUUUCAUUGAAACAAAAUUAAAGAAAAUUGAGGGUAUAAAUAGUCUAAACAACAAGUUUGCAACUGAUUUUGCGACUACUAAUCCAGGAGAUAGUUCUGGUAUUGGACAUCCAGGAGUUGUUUACAACAGAUUUACAAAUGAUUUCGCGCCUACUAAUCCAGGACAUAGUCCGGGUAUUGGACAUCCAAAAGUUAUAAACAACAAAUUUAUAAAUGACUUUGUGCCUACUAAUCCAGGACAUAGUCCCGGUAUUGGACAUCGAGGAGUUGUAAACAACAGAUUUACAAAUGAUUUCGCACCUACUAAUCCAGGAAAUAGUCUGGGUAUUGGGCAUCCAAAAGUUAUAAACAACAAAUUUAUAAAUGACUUUGCGCCUACUAAUCCAGGACAUAGUCCCGGUAUUGGACAUCGAGGAGUUGUAAACAUCAGAUUUAUAAAUGAUUUCGCACCUACCAAUCCAGGAAAUAGUCCCGGUAUUGGUCAUCCAAAAGUUAUAAACAACAAAUUUAUAAAUGACUUUGCGCCUACUAAUCCAGGACAUAGUCCCGGUAUUGGACAUCGAGGAGCUGUAAACAACAGAUUUACAAAUGAUUUCGCACCUACUAAUCCAGGAAAUAGUCCGGGUAUUGGGCAUCCAAAAGUUAUAAACAACAAAUAUAUAAAUGACUUUGCGCCUACUAAUCCAGGACAUAGUCCCGGUAUUGGACAUCGAGGAGUUGUAAACAACAGAUUUACAAAUGAUUUCGAACCUACUAAUCCAGGAAAUAGUCCAGGUAUUGGGCAUCCAAAAGUUAUAAACAACAAAUUUAUAAAUGAUUUUGCGCCUACUAAUCCAGGACAUAGUCCCGGUAUUGGACAUCGAGGAGUUGUAAACAACAGAUUUACAAAUGAUUUUGCACCUACUAAUCCAAGAAAUAGUCCCGGUAUUGGGCAUCCAAAAGUUAUAAACAAUAAAUUUAUAAAUGACUUUGCGCCUACUAAUCCAGGACAUAGUCCCGGUAUUGGACAUCGAGGAGUUGUAAACAACAGAUCUACAAAUGAUUUCGCACCUACUAAUCCAGGUUAUAGUCUCGGUAUUGGGCAUCCAGGAGUAGUUGACAACAGAUUUACAAAUGAUUUCACACCUACUAAACCAGAAGAUAUUCCAAGUGUAGGGCAUAUGAAAAUAGUUUCUGAUGUCCACUACUAAAAAUAAUGUAAAACAAAAAAAAAUCUAAAAUAAAGAUAUAUGAAAUUUAGUUUAUAAAA